CCAAUUUGGAAUUUUGAAGGCAAGUUUUACCAGUACUCCGGGCAAUAUAUAUUUUAUAUUUUUGAAUUAGCACCACUAUAUUUAGGUUCCUAAGCAAUUAGUCUGUGGUUUUAUGCCUAACACUUUAAAUCUGGCUUGCGUCACCGAACCAUAUGGCUCUUUAGAAUGCAGCCAUUUCAAUCAUUUUCUAUCAUUUCACUUUCAGCCAUCAACUAGUCAACCCUGCAGUAGUUUUUGUCUUUAGCUCAGUUUCUAUCAUUUAGUGCUUUGUUACCAAUUUCAAACAUAAGACUCCAUAUAGUUAGGCUGGUGCGAAUCCCUUGCACUUCAAUAUUUAUCCAGAGAUGGGAUCAUAAACCUACUUAAAUAAAUCAAGCUUUGCCUAAACUCCAUAGCCUAACUUUAAAGUUUACAAAUUCCCUACCACCCUUCACUAUAUAAUCAAAUUGAGAGGAACACUCACAGGCUGCAUUCUCUUCCUCUUUUCCUUGAUGGAUUCAGCCAAAUCCAGACGUUGCUCCCUCUCUCAAAGCCUUUUCUUCCCCUUUCUAUUAUUCUUCUCUAAUCUCCUUACAUUUUACCUAUCAUCUUCUCCAUUUUCUCCAUCUUUCUUCUCUUCUACUAUGACAACCGACUCCGUGGACAUCAACCCUACUCCCUCUCUACCUCCCGAAUUCUCUGCCUUCACAUCCCCGAAACCCCUCCCCCUUGGCUACAACCCCAACAUCGACUCCUCUACUCUCCACCCUCCAAUAGGCCUCCCUUGCCUCCAAUUCCCUAAAGAACUCUCCACUUACCUCUCUUACACCAUCAACUCUUCUUGCCCCGAUGACGAACUCCUCGCCCAAAAACUCCUCCUCAAAGGCUGCGAGCCUCUUCCUCGUCGUCGAUGCCGCCCUCCUUCCCCUAAAAAUUUCCCUGAACCAUCUCCUCUUCCUCAAUCCCUUUGGUCUCUUCCCUCUGAUUCUUCAAUCCAUUGGUCUGCCUACUCAUGCAAAAAUUUCAAAUGCCUUGUCGAAAGAAAACACUCUAAAGCCUUUGAUGACUGUAAAGAUUGCUUCGAUCUAAAUGGCAGAGAAAAAACUCGGUGGAUCACUCCAUCAUCGAAUGCUUUAGACUUUAGUAUCGAUGAAGUUCUCUCUCUCAAGCCAUAUGGAACAAUUCGUAUAGGUUUAGACAUUGGGGGUGGCUCUGGCACUUUUGCUGUACGAAUGAAGGAGAGGAAUAUUACGAUUGUGACUACCUCGAUGAAUUUCAAUGGCCCUUUUAAUAGUUUUAUUGCAGCACGAGGGGUGGUGCCACUUUAUGUUAGUAUAUCACAGAGGCUGCCGUUCUUUGAUAAUACGCUGGAUAUAGUGCAUUCUAUGCAUGUUUUGAGUAACUGGAUACCGACAAAGUUGCUUCAUUUUGUAGUGUUUGAUGUUUAUAGGGUGUUGAGGCCUGGAGGGAUUUUCUGGUUGGAUCACUUCUUUUUUGUUGAAGAACAGAUGGAGGAGUAUGCGAAGGUUAUCGAGAGUGUGGGGUUUGAGAAGGUGAAAUGGGAGGUUGGGAGGAAGUUGGAUCGAGGGAUGGAGAUGAGGGAGAUGUAUAUAUCUGCUGUGCUGGAGAAGCCAUUGAAGAACUCGUGGUGAUCUAAGAGCAAAGCACUGAAGGUAUAUUAGAGCAUCACAGCUCCAGGUAUAGUGUGUAGUUCUUUAGAGCUUUGUCGAGUUAAAAAAAAACAUUUUAGCCUGCUGGCUUUUUGGCUAGAUUGGAUGAUAAGAAAACGGAACAGCGUUUUGAGUCUGGUUGGUUCUCUAAUGACAUUUCUAUUGCAUCAAAACUUCGAAGUUGUUAUGGAGGUUGAUGGUUGUAACCUAGGUUGAAAGCUAAGCUAUUUUAUGCGGUGGUCCUCUUUCCAAUUCGCCCUAUAUUUAUGUUGGGUGGAUUGUUAUGAUAUCAUUUUAGAGUAUAUUCAAUUGCUAGCUUCGAAGCUGUAACCAACCAGGGUGUUAUAAUUUGCUGUUGUAACAAGCUCGGAAGUGUUUUUUUCC